CUACCAGGAGGCGUUUCCUUCGCAGUUAGCCCCUCUUUUGGGGUGAACGAAAGGGGCAGGUAGGCCCUGACCCUCGCGAGGAAGGAGAGAACACGCGGCAAGCGAAAAAGACGGAGCUGCGACGAGAGUGCAGUUGGAAAAAGACGGCGCACCGGUCUACGGUGAGGGUGACACGAGGCCGGGGGGUUCAGUCUGUGUUCGCCCAUCAGAGACACAUCACCAGCCACGAUACGGUCCGGUUACGUCUCUCGCCGCGAGGGUAGCUCCCUGUUAACCAGGUGUACUACGCCACGACGUCCUGCUUAUGGACAAACCGAGCCCUUGAACUUGACAGUGUCCCGCAUGCUUUUGGACAUUCGGUUCGUUUCGUACUUCGACUUCGUCUUCGAUCAGCAUCCGCGUUAGUGACGAUCGGAUGACUUGAGUGGAGAACCAGGAUUUCGGUGCGCGACCAGUGUCUGAACUUGUGAUCUACGUCUGGGCCGUUUGCGGUUCAUCGAGUUUACCGUUCGAUCGAAAUUCGUAGUAAUCAUCCAGAAAUAAUUUGAAGAAGUCAAAAGGAUUCGAGCAUUCGAGCCGUGUGAUGUUACGAACGUCGAAUCAGAAGGACGCCAAGAGAAACAAGAAGCGAGUGUGACCUUGCCAACACGUGCUCCAAACGUACAAUAAAAACUUCAUCUCUUCCGGUUGGAGCAGUGGUUCGAGUUGUCGGUUCCUAACCCGGACCUAACAUAAGUCAGUGUAAAGGUGACCCGGCGUGAAUCGGGAGCAUCGUUCUUGCGAUCGCAGUGACCGUUAAGUGUGUUCGAAAACCAGUCGUGAACGCGUGUUUACAUCGUCUCCUUUCGUACGAGAAAGUGCCGGUUCUUGCAACUUGUAAAACCGUCGGUUCGAGUUAACAUGCAGAUCUUUUGAAAGAUCUCCGAUACUCGAUCGACCGAACGAAUUUGGACGAUUCGGAGGCAACUCGGAGGUGACUCGUCGAUGAACGGUGCAUCGUGAAGAUGCGUGCCUGACGCUGAUCCUCUCGAACUCGUCGCGUGCUCGAUAUCCAAGUGAACCAUCGUCGAACGAUCGACAAAGGUGCGAGUCGUGAAGAAGACAGAGUAGGCGAGUGGACAGAGUGGAAAUAAAAGGUAGUGUACGAACGGGUGGUGCGACGUUCGGGUACGCAAGUCGGCAGGCCGGCUCUGGGGUGCCGGGCCCGGGCGGGGUGAUGAGCUGUUCCGAGGUGAUGUAUCAAUAUUAUCCUUACCUCUACCAGAGGCCACCGCCGCCGCCGCACCCGACCCACCCUCAUGCGGCCCCGCACACCCAUCCCCACGCAAAUCCGCAUGCGGCCCACCACAGUCCUGCCAGGCCGGCGCCUUUUCAAUCCUUCUCAGCGGCCACGGCGACGCAUCAGUACGACAGGUUGAAUGUCCACCAAAGAUCAUUUGAAGCGGCGGGUCUCGAAAUUUGUGGAACUGACGGAAGUGUGCCGCAAGGGCAACCUAGCAGUGCCGGUUCCGUCGGUUCAGCACCCAGUCCAGCAUCGCCAAGAACAACUAAACCCCGACUUGGGUCAUCUGCGUCACAACUAUCGAAAACGUUAGACGAUGACAGAUCGACGGACGCCGUCGUAGGUACUGGUACCGCCGCGGAAGAUUCAGACGACAGUGAAAGCAGAGCGCAAUACUUGAACCCAAAUUGCGUAGUUUUCACUCAUUACCAAGGGGAUGCCGCGUCCGAAGUGGAGGAACACUUUCAGAGGGCACUAGCACACGAUAAACUAAAAGAAAACAUUUCCCCUAUGUCCAUGAGGAACUUCCCUGCUUCCUUCUGGAACAGUCAACAUCCUGGCGAGGUCUACGAGUAUCCAACGGACCCGUGGCAUCCGCAUUAUUCACAGUAUCACCACAGGGCUGUGCACGAGUAUCACCAUCAUAACAUGGCGGCCGUAACGAGUUACGGUGGUCUGCUGUUGGGUGGUGCGCGAGGACUCAGCCACCAUACGUCCCACCAUGCGGCACACCAUGCACACCCCGCGGCUUCCUACAAGGACUGGCCGUCGGCGACGCCGUCGCAGUCGCUCGUCGACGCGUCCUCCGCACCCCCUUACCCCCAUGGCCCUUACGCACCCCUCUCUGGCCUCGAAUCGCAGGUCCAGGAAUCCAAAGACCUCUACUGGUUCUAGAAGCGAGCUCCAGAGUCUCGUGGACCGAACUAAUUCGCAACAUCCGGUGGGUGCAAUCGCGAAAAAAGCACGAGCUCGAAACCACGCAGCCGUUGUUGUUCUUCGAUCGAGCAGUUUCUGCGAAGGAACAAAACUGUGCUCGGAAGAUAACCAGCAGCUAAAUAGAGAAUGAUCGAAGGACGAUCGAGGAGCUUAGACGAUGUCACGUGAUAUUAGCAUGUUAGAGGAUCCAUGGGCUUUCUGGCAGAACCGAGAUUCGAGGAUAGUAGGAAAGAACUUUGUUAUACGACCGGAAGAACGUACGAGAGAUCGUUCAUGCCGCGUCGAGCAAGUGUACAUAGUGUUACCUAAUUUACGUUAAGGAUCUACUAUUAGAAUACAACUCAGAUAGUAUUAGAGGAAUACUUUGCGCGCACUAUUACCUUCAUAGUGACUGAUGAAUGUCUAAAAUGGCCGAUGAGAGAACGACCUCUAGUUUUUAAUGCUUGAACACCUGUUAAUUUUGUAGUUCGAUAAUAUCUACUACUAUGAUUUCAACACAUUCUUGUUGUAUUGACAAAGUGGGUGGCUCAUUGUAGGGUUUGAAAGUUUGCAAGUUUUCUCAAGUUCUAAAUUUUGGAAUUUCUAAAUUUUUA